CUACUGGUAAAUACUACCGAAAUCUCCACUCUCCACUCAUCAACAACAACAAAAGAAGCAACAAAUCAGUCAAACAACUCUUACCAUUCCAUCCCAUACUCCAAACAUAACCAAUACUGUCUGAUUCUGUCUCAAAAUGAUCUCCCCCGUCGGCGUCGGAAGCAACAACCUACUCUACAAGAGUGCAGCUCUCUACGCCACCACGACUGCUUUCGUGGCUUUUUGGAUCGGUCUGAGAAUGCCGCUGCAAAACAACAAAUCUGGACCGUAUAAUUACCACAAGAUUGUCAAGCAAGGAAGGAGGAUUCCGUGGAGGCGUCUGCCAAGGAUUGCUUAGAUGGAGAUGACUUGUGUGAGAAGAAGUGGGAGGAGGACGCGAGAGAGGAUAAAGCAUCUCUUCACGUCAGCGAUCGAAGUUUGAUACAUAUACACCACCACCACUAUCAUAGCUUGCAUCCCGUCUUCUUACCAUCUGGUCACCAUUACGACGAACGAUUUCGGGCCGACCGUGGUCAAUUCGUCGAUACCGUCUUUCAUUAAGCAACAAUACCCCCUUACCUUACGAACUCUCAGCCCGCCACGCCCAGAACGAGUAGUGGAGGACACUCCGGUUUUCAGAUUGCGAAACCCACCUACCUACCGAAAUCUGCCCAAGUUUCACUGAGAUUUGGAUCACCUUCUCGAUGGACGAUACGACUGCGGAUCGUCAGUCGGGGAGAAAUCGUGGAGCUGUUCUUCUUUGCUGCUGCCUGUUCUACUACGUUUAGCGCAGCUUUUUUCAUGUAUGUAUGACAGGAGUAGUUAUUGUGAAUACAACACUGUUGUCA